AUGGUCAGAAUCCUCAGAUGCAUGUGUCUUUCCUAACUUCGCAACUACAUGCUAUCCAUUUGUUCAGGAACUACCUGUGACCAAAGUGUUUGUUCAGUUCUUGGCUCACAGUAUGAUUAUAACCACCCUAAAUGUUAUAAUAAUGUGCAAAUAGUUAAAUCCAUAAAUGAACAAAAUUGUUCUCUCCCAGAAGAAACUAAAAGCCUGUUUAAGAAAAGAAUGACGUUUGAUGAGCAAAAAUUAAACAGUAAAGGGACUGAAGGAAAUUCAUCCUCUGAUAUAAAAUCAGCUAAAGGUCCCCAUCAGAUUUCUACUCACACUGAAGGUGGUUCAAAAUCAGACAUUUAUCAUAAGCAUGCAGACAGGAAACCUAAAACCAGCCAAAAAAAUGUACCUUCUUCCAAACCUGAAUUUGAACUUAAGCUGUUGGAUUUUCCUAAACUACAAGGUUCUGAGAACAGUGACAUACCAGAAUUACAAAAGCAACCCAAGUGGGGACCUUUGAGCUCCACUGCUAGUGAUAUAUCCCUCAUUAGAGAAAUGGUGAAACCUACAUUAUCAAAGGAAGAAUUAGUUGUGAAAGCUGAAACAACUGCAUCUGAGCCUGACACUAAUACCCCCUCUUCUACAAGAGAGCUAUCUUGGACACCAAUGGGUUAUGUCAUUCGGCCAACAACCACUGAAACACCAGCCCUUAAAAAUGUUACUUCACUGGUAAACACAAAGAAAAAUGGUUUAUCAGUAACCCCUAAGAAAGUUACCACAUCAUUUUCAUCACCUGAAGUUCUAACUACCAAUGCUUACAAUAAAGGAAAACAAAUAGUUCGGGAUCCUAAAAAGACAAAAACCAACAAUGUGGGUGAAAUUGACCAGGAAGAAAUAAGAAAGAACAAAAAAAAGAAAAAGAAGCCUAAAGCAAAUUAUGAAACUCUUACAGUCCAAGAGCCACCAAGGAUUGAAGAUACUGAAGAGUUUCCUAAUCUGGCUAUUGCUUCUGAAAGAAAAAACAGACCACAGUCAUCAAAAUUUCACUCUAAACAGCAACCAGAGACUACUACAAAAAAGUUUGGGAAGAAGAGUCAAAUUCCAGUGAAGUUGGAUUUGGGAGGAAUGCUGGCUGCAUUGGAAAAAAAGCAGCAUUCACAGAAUUCAAAACAGUCUUCCAAACCUGUUGCAGUUUCUGUUGGUGCAGUACUAGUACUUUCCAAAGAAUUAGCAACAUCAGCGAAAAAUCACCGGUUAAAUCAAGUGAUGUCUCCUCAUAAUCCGCUGGAUUCUAGUUCUCCCUUAAUAAAGAAGGGCAAGCAAAGGGAAGUCCCAAAGGCCAAAAAGCCAACAUCCCUGAAGAAGAUUAUUUUGAAAGAGCGAGAAGAAAGAAAACAGAACCAUCUCUUAGAACAGCUUUCAGUUCCAGCAUUUGCUCAGAGGACUGAGCAAGAUUUGGCAAAUAAUGUUAACAGUCAAUCAUCUGACCAGGUUGCCCGGCCAGAUUUUGAGCAAAUAGAGGAAAAAGAAGACUCAGUCCCUGAUUCUUCUACUGUCGAAGUGGAAAAUACAUCAGAAGAGCCCUAGAUAGAUAAUCAUGAACUCCAACAGGAUGCAGAAGUUUCCCCCAUUGUUACACAGCCAGUUUCUCCUUUACCAAAGAUCCAUAGAAGGAGAUUUAGAGAUUACUGCAGUCAAAUGCUUAGUAAAGAAGUUGAUGACUUUGUGAUGGAUCUUCUUAAAGAACUGGUUCGAUUUCAAGAUCGUAUGUAUCAGAAAGAUCCAGUAAAAGCAAAGACAAAAUGCCGGCUUGUGAUGGGACUCAGAGAAGUGCUCAAACAUCUGAAACUCAGAAAACUAAAAUGUGUUAUUAUUUCUCCAAACUGUGAAAAGAGCAAAUCAAAAGGUGGGUUGGAUGAGACAUUGCAUACCAUUAUCAAUUAUGUCUGUGAACAGAAUGUCCCAUUUGUGUUUGCUCUCAAUCGAAAAGCUUUGGGAUGGAGUGUAAACAAAGCAGUACCAGUCAGUGUGGUAGGAAUUUUCAGCUAUGAUGGUGCACAGGAUCAAUUUCACAAAAUGAUAGAGCUUACAAUGGAAGCCAGACAGGCAUAUAAGGUUAUGCUAUCAACUUUUUUUAAUGAAGCACUAGAGACAGAGAAUCCUAUAUCUCUCUUGCUUACUCCGCAGGGUGAAAGUUGCUCUUCAGAACAUAGUAAAACAGCCGAUAAAACAAAAGAGGAAGAACCAAAUUAUAUUAAAAUCUGGAAGAAAAAUCUGGAAGAGUAUAGUCCAUAUGCACUGGAAUUAGAGCAGACUUCAACCACUGAAAUGCUGAAUUUGAAUUUAUGAGAAAAGAAUACUUG